UAUCACUGUUUUCCUACAAUGAAUUACACUCUGUUGCUGAUUUUAUAUCAAUCAUGGAAUCCUUGCAGUCACAGGAUGGCACUGAGGCACUGAGGAGCGGCGUGUCCUCCCUCUCUCCAUCUCCUUGAUAUGUGUAAAAACACAUACUUGCAAUACAAACCAGUGGACCAGACAUUAUGGAAAAUAUUUUGUUAUGGAUUUUCAAUUUAAAACUUGAGACGCUAAGAUAUAUCACAAUCCAGCAUGGCGGUAUUACAGCUUCUGUCCUGGAAAACUGUGUGGAAAGCCAAAACCUAGCACUGUGCAUACAUGGACAGAGCUUAGACAGAAGGCCAAAACCUAGCACUGUGCGUAUAUGGACAGAGCUUGGACAUUUCACUGAAGCAUUAUUCUGAGCUUAGUAUUCCUUACAAGCUGCCGUAAACUAAGUCUCACUAUAAACUGAAUGAGCAGAUGACAUUUGGAACUGCCAUGGCAUAUGCAGGUGACCCCGGACAAGCAGGAAUAACAAAUGGGGGCUAUUCAAGUAUCUCAUCAUCCCGUGGAAAUACAGCAACACGUUACCUGCUGAAAAAACAGUACAGGCAGGCAACUGCACAAGCUAGAGGAAGUCGUUCUUCUUCACCCAUGGGACGGGUCAUCUUAAUAAAUUCUCCUAUAGAAGCUGCUGGUGAUGAGAGUGACACCAUCCACACCAUUACAGUUGAGAAGACAUCUGAUGGGAGACUAGGGUUCAGUGUUCGUGGAGGUUCUGAGCAUGGACUGGGCAUCUUUGUUAGCAAAGUGGAAGAAGGGAGUGCAGCAGAACAGGCUGGCUUAUGUGUUGGAGACAAGAUUGUGGAAGUGAACAGUGUCAGCCUGGAAAGUAUCACCAUGGGGAGUGCUGUCAAAGUACUGACAGGGAAUAACCGGUUACGCAUGGUAGUGAGACGCGUUGGAAAAGUGCCAGGAAUCAAGUUCUCCAAAGAAAAGACCACAUGGGUUGACCUAAUCAACAGAAGACUGGUUGUUGAAGACAGCAGCAGGACACCCUCUGAAAGUGGCUCAGAAGAUGGCAUUCAGAGAAUUAUUCAUCUCUACACAACGUCAGAUGAUUACUGCUUGGGAUUUAACAUUCGAGGGGGAAGGGAAUUUGGACUAGGAAUUUAUGUUUCCAAAGUUGAUCCAGGUGGCCUAGCAGAGCAGAAUGGAAUCAGAGUGGGAGACCAGAUUAUAGCAGCCAAUGGAAUCAGCUUUGAGAAUAUAAGUCACAGCAAUGCAGUGGAAGUUCUCAAGGGCCACACACAUAUCAUGUUGACUAUAAAGGAAGUGGGCAGGUACCCAGCUUAUAAGGAAAUGGUGGCUGAGUAUAGCUGGCUGAGCAAGUUGACAAAUGGCCAAUUUCAGCAGCUUUCUCAAACCUCAGAGACAAGUUCAUCCAUUUCCUCUUAUUCAUCUGGCACUCCAUUCAGCUCCUUGAGUGACACUCAGCAAUCCUUUUUUCCCACUGAUCAUGGCCAGUAUACGUCUGAGAUGGUGGAUGUUUCCAUAUCAACACAGGACUCCUUACAGAAUGGCUUUUUUGAGAAGACAGAGACCGCCAUGCAAACUGACCUUCAGUUGUCCCCAUCUGCUUCACUUGACUCCAGUGGAGUUUACAGAUCAGGGAGAGUCACAACAGACACCAGUCGAACUCUUGGACCCACUUUACUUUUGAAAGACACAGCCAUUAGGACAGAAAGUUUUAAGGAAUCUGUACAAAGUAAACAGAGGACUUCUUCUACAGAGAAUACAUCCACAAAAGCUUUUAUUUCCCCCAAAACUGCACUACUAUUGGCUCUUAGCAAACCAAGAAGACCAAUAAGAAGAACUCAAAGUUAUACCACUUUUCGAGAGGAUAAGAAGAAAAGAAAAAAGCAAAAACAUGCAGUUGAUACAGAAACAAUCAGCUUACAACGAUCCAAAACACUUGCAAAUUUAUUUUUUAAAACUGGCCAAUCAGAGAGACAGCUGCAGAAACAAGGUGUGAGAGAAAGAAAGGAUGCUGGAAGGACAGAGUCACAGUCUAAGCCAUCUUCACACUCUGAAACUGGAAAAGUCAAAGCUGUUCAGAAAUUUGUCAUCAGAAGCUUGAAAAGGGAUAAGGAACAAGGCCGUCAUUUCUCAAUUUUUGGCUCACUGAAGGAUCUGCACCCAAAAUCUUCUCUUCAAGAGAAAAAUUACAAGGCAGUUUCCAAACAAGGGCUAAGUGUGAUAGAAGACAUGGCUGGGAGACUUCUGAAUGAGGAUGAAAAAAUUGCAGUGUUGCGCCACUGUCGAAGGUACACUGAGGAAGGCGGAGUUGAAGAUAUGGUAAGACCACUACUCGCAAUACUGGAUCGACCUGAAAAACUCCUCCUGCUUCGAGACGUCAGGACAAUAGUCCGCCUCACUGACCUUGGCAGGUUUGAUAGCAUGGUGAUACCUGUAGAGCUGGAAGCAUAUGAUGCACUAAAACAAAGGACAGCAGUUAUACCUGCUUUGCGACCAGUUCAGAAUGAAACACCACCAAGAAGACACCUUGUUACCCCUAUACCAGAUUAUAGAGGAGGUUUCCAUCUCAGAGCCACUCAGAAUGAAGAAGAGGGGUCACUGACAGAUAAAACAGAGGGGUUCAAAAUGUUGGACCUAACAGAGCACAAGAGGCGACAUAAAAGACUCAUGUCUCUUGAAGAUGUGCCAGUGGAUUCUUAUGUAGAAGAAGCAAGUGCCUUGCAGCCUGCCAAAGACAGUCCAAUGAGGUCCAACUGGCUGUUAGCAGAACCUGUGCAGACUUCAGUUCCUUCUCCACGUGGGAGACGAGUUUCCGGAACAGUCAGAUCUGUCCACUAUGAAGAAGUUUCUCUGCAUUCUACAAAUAAGCAAGAUGCUGAAUAUGAAAAGGGAAUAUCACAAUUAAGCCAGCUAAAACUGAAAGGAGAGAAAGCAAAAGACAGCUUAUAUUCAUCAAUAAACAAAAGCAGAAAAUCCAGGCCACUUUUAUCUCAGAUAUUUGGAGGCAGUUCUGCCACCUCAACCAAACAGAUAGGAGAGACUAGGGCUACAUCUGUAUAUGGUCUAGAAAAUGAAGAGGUGCUGCAGAAUGGUUAUGCAGAAGGACAAGAAAUCCAGUAUGAAAUGUCUACUGUCAAGAUCUCCAAAAUGAAGCAAUCACUAGGUAUCAGCAUCUCUGGAGGGAUAGAGUCCAGGAUUCAACCAGUGGUGAAAAUUGAGAAGAUUUUUCCAGGAGGGGCAGCUGCUGCUACUGGACUUCUUAAGGCUGGCUAUGAUUUAGUUUCUGUUGAUGGAGAGAGUUUACAGAAUGUCACACAUCAGAGAGCUGUGGACAUCAUCCGGCAAGCCUAUAGCAACAAGUCCAGGGAUCCCAUGGAAUUUGUAGUGAAAAUACCAAAGACUAACAAAGACUGAAGCUUUCAGAAAACCUGCUGAGAACAAAAACAAUGAAGUGCUUCUGCAAGAAUACAGAGUCAAAAUGAUGAUUGCUGGAAGGGAAAAUGUAACCUGUGCAGUUCCUAUUUUCCUUAAGCAUGUAUUACCAGAAGCUUGGAAUUUAUAUAUGCCAUCAGUAGUUCUCAGAAGUCUACUGUGUGUGAUCUCUUGGUCCCGAGCUAAAAGAAGUUAAGAAAACAGUACACAUCCCAAACUCUGUCAUUUUUGUGGGAUGGAACAUCACAAAUCAUGUACUCAUGAACAGCAGACAAAGUAUGAGCGCCCACUCUGUAUGGAAGGAGCUGUUGUACUAUCUUUGCCAAGCACCGGUACUUCGCCAUCAGAAUACAGAAUGAGAAAGAAAGAGAGACUGGUAAAUGGACAAGGAGAGGAGAGAGUUUGAUAAGGAAGUUAAACUGAUUAUGAGGGGCCUGUCUACUGGUAACCAGAUUAUUCCUUCUGACAGUAACUGCCCCUGAAAAUGGUGACAUUCAGCACAAGAGGUGCAGUGAACUCUAGCUCAUUUGGAGUAGUCAAGAUACCCCAGAUAUGCAGAUAAACAAAAGCAAAUGCAAUACUAUAGACUACAAUACUGUAUUACCACUAAGAAAAAUGGCUUAUUUUUAUAAUAAUCCUGCUCCCAGACUGUCUUUAAAUACAUUUCAUUUUGCCUGCAAUAUGUAAUGUGCCUCUACUCUCAGAGUUAGCACAUUAUCUUGUUUUCAUAUAUUAAUUUUGUAGUGGACUGGUGCACUGUGAACUUUUCAUAAUCAAAGUCUUGUAGCAUAUGAGUGACCACAGACAUUCAAGGUAUUUGUGGUAGCUCCUUAAUUCAUUUUUUUGUGUAUGCAUCAAGUGAUAGUGUGCUGUUUGUCCACUUGAGACACACAUGGAAAGUAGGUUAAUGUAUAGUGUUUUUACAGAUGAGUAUUAAGUGCCUCUCUGCUUGUAUGGUGUUAAAUAUCUAUGCUUUGAAAUGUUAAACUUAAACUGUAAUUUUAUUUAUAUUACUUUCUGCAGGACAUGAGCAGAGUCUGCUGCUAUUAAAAGCCAGUGUAAAUGAGUCACAAACUAAAUGAUUUAACAGUU